UGCUGGAAUGAAGGAUAUGAGGGCAGGGAAGGGGGUGUUUUAUUAUAUGGCGGUUUGAGGAGCAUAAUUCAGGUUUUUAUUUAGAAUUAAACUGCAUUUGCGAUAAAGGAGAACACUGCCAGGGUUUCCGCGUGUGUAGCUGCAGACGCUGUUACCUCACCAUGGAGGCAGUUCUGAACAGGCUGCAGACUCUGACUCCGGAUCAGCUCCGCGAGGAGAUCACCAGGGCGGGGCUGAAGUGUGGACCUAUAACAGCUACUACCAGGAGCAUCUUUGAGAAAAGGCUGGCCCGGUCUCUUUUAGAAAGCCAGGAAGACAGUGGAAGGUCAGAGGUGGACAGUGAUGGUGGUCCAGCUGUUGGCUCUGUGCCAGAGAACACGAGUUUGGCUCUGACUGCCGACCCAGAGCAGACGGCGAGGCAGGAGAGAGAUGUGAGUCCUGUUCCUCCGACUGUGGAGGAGGAUGUGAGUCAACAGUCUUCUCCCGGAUCACCUGUCCUCUUCUAUGGAGUGCUGCCACCUUUAGAUGAUCCACUGCUCAAUGAUGGUUCGCUGCAUGUAUACACUGACAGACAGAAGGCUCUGAGGACAGUGGUGAAGAUGAAAGGGGCGAGGUUCAAAGCUUUUUCCAGCAGAGAGGACGCGGAGAACUUCGCAAAGGGCAUACAUGAGAGUGGUCUGUCACCCUGCAGACCCUCAGCAGAAAAACCCCUCAACACGUCUCCUACAGGAGAGAAAUCAAUACAUCUAGAAACUGCAAACAUGGAAAAAGCAAAUGAGUUUAAAAGUCCUCGUACACAAGACCUGACCGCCAAACUCAGGAAAUCUGUGGAGAAAGGAGACGAGGAGGCCUUUAAAGAGCUGGUGAGGAGCAACCCACGAUACCUCAUCGGCUCUGGAGACAACCCAACCAUUGUGCAGGAAGGGUGUAGAUACAACGUUCUUCACGUAGCUGCAAAAGAGAACCAACCAGCAAUGGCUUGCCUAAUCCUGGAGACCCUGGAGGAUCCAGAGUUCAUGAGAUGCAUGUAUCCUCAUGAUCAGGAGGACAUGCUGUUGAAACGAAUCGAGUACAUCGUGGACCUGUACCUCAACACGCCUGAUAAAGCGAGUAACGAGACGCCGCUUCACUUUGCCUGUAAAUUCGGCUGUUCAGAGGUCGUGAAUGUGCUCUGCUCACAUCCAUCCAUCGAUAAGAACUGCAGGAACAAGUAUGGACAGAAACCUUCCAGUGUGAUCUGUGAGAGGAAGAACAAAAGUAAAGAAAUAAAAGAGAAAAUCAAAGAAUAUUUAGAGGAUCGUUUCUUCGUGCCUUUGCUGAGAGCUACAGAUAACACUCUGAACCCUGUGGUUGGAGCUCCGUGGGCUCCUGGAUCUUCUAAAUGUGAUGAUCCAUCACUCAGCCCUCGGCUGGUGGAGGAUCCCAAAAACCCACUGAUGACCAUCAGAGCAUUUGCUGGGCCUUUAAAUCAGUUAAAGGCUGAGGAGUUACACAAGUUGUGGAGAACUCCAGCUCGUCAUAGAGCCAAAUAUUUCCAUGAUAUUUUAAAAUCGGACCCCGAUCGAGGAGCCGAGAGAGUGGGAAGGGAAUUAGCUCAAGAGAUGGGGUACCCCUGGGCUGAAUACUGGGACUUCCUGAGUUGUUUCACUGACCUCUCUUCAGAUAAUGGUUUGAGUUUGCUGGAGGAGUAUCUGAAGAACUGUGUUCAGCAGAAGAGCCGUACAGAGAAUAGCUGGAUUCAUGCUAACAGUCCCACGUCUUUCAGGGAAUCGUGUUCGUUGCUGGAUAAUCAUCUGCACAGUCCCUCUGGGACGUCACUUGAUGAUGGCUGGACUGAGGAAAACAGCCCUGGAUCGCUCAAUAAGAAGUCCCCAGUGUGUGAUCUUCGUCAGGAGUUUGAGAAGGUGUCCUUCGAUCAGACAGUGGAUUCUGGUGUGGGUUGCCACGUCUCAUCUGGCUGUUUAGGAGGAGACAGUGGUCUGGAUCUGGCUGAUCGUAGCUCACUGGGAGGGUGGGAGUGGAGAGAGGAUGAUGAUGCCAGUUCAGAGGAGUACUACACAGCGGACGAGGACGAGGAGGAGGUGCCCUGCCAGACUGAUGGGAGUGGAGGACGGCGUUUAUCAGAAUGUGGGAUUCUGGCUCGUUCCAGUCCUGUAAGCUGUUCUUCUGGGUCGUCUUACAAAUCCACAAACAGCACACCUGAGGAGAGGUGGAUGACGGACGAAAUUUGGCAAAACACUUUCCUUGCAGGUGACUCCCCCACCAAGCUGGAUAACGAGGUCCUGCUGGCAAUCAGUGGGGCGGACGCCGACCACCAGCUCUAUCCCUGCAUUAAUAAAUGGAAGAACGUUGUUUUAUCUUUUCCUGAAGCUCAAAGACUGAGAUGGCUGAGCGUUAACGUGUGGAACAGGAACCCGGAGAGCCAGAUGUCGACCCCCCGCAGGCUCACGCGCAGCUGGCUCACGGGAUCACCCAGCUUUCUGAACAUGAAAAAAUGCAUUAAGAACAGCACGCCCAGCAAACCUUCACCAUGCAGAUAAGCACUAACCUGUAUUGCAAACUUUUUAUAAAUGUUUUUUGCCCUGUAUUAAUUCCCCUCACUCAUCUUUUGGUCAAAAAGUGUAAAAUCACUUUAAAAUAUAUAAUUAACUACUAUAAUAAUAAACAGCCUCUAUAGGCUAAUAACGCUAAUGCACUAGGGGAGUUCAAAACCCCACAGUCAAAUUAUUUAUGAAAGUCAAUAUUUCAUUGUCGCCUUUUAAUGGCAAAGUAAUUACUUGAUUACAAUUUACAUCACAUUUGGGAAUUGUUAUAUACCCCCUCCACACAUUUAAUAAGUGUUUACAGCCUUUCUCAGCGCUUAUUUUAUUGUUGUACUACAGUUUACGGCACUUUAUAUAAAAUAACAUGGAGCUACUGUGGAGCUGGAUGUCCACUACAUUUGUUUUAUUAAAAUAGUUGGUUGUUAUACGUUCUUAUAUAAAAUUAGCAGACCUGAUGUUUCAGUUGUACUGAAAUUGACCAAUAUAUCACUUUUUACUGAGGUUUUAUUUUAUUUUACUUUAUUUUAUAUUUUAUUUUUUUGCCUGUAGCGCUACUGGGAUUUAUUCCCAUGUCCCUGUCCUGAUGCUGGGCAAAUCCAAUUAUGCAGAUUAAAAUAUAUAAAGCACUACAACACUACAGGCUGACCUUAAAAUCCAAAAAUCUGUCUGCCAAGUAUUACAAAACACGUUAAUGUGGUAAAUGUAUUCAAACCUAAACAAUUGCAGCGUAUUAGUGCACUAUGUUUAAUGAAGGGAUCCAAAAAAAUGAGUAAAUAUGUAUUAAAGCACUUUUAAACGGUUAAAAUGUAAUGUUAAGUAUGGAUUAUGGAUAUCUGUAUUACUCAGAUACGCAGUACAUUAUUUGUAUUUUGGUCAGGACCCAAUUAAUUGUGUACCGUAAUGUUAAUGGUGUUUGAUUUCUAUAAUUAAUAAUGAUCAAGUUGGUUAUGUCUUUGAAUAACUGUUACUUUGUCACUUUUAUUCCUCAUGUUUUGUAAGCCAAAGAAGACGUGUUUAAAGACAAAUGCACAAUAAAUUGUUAGGCAUGUGUAUUGUGAAUGUUUUUCAUCCCUUUUAUAUUAUUUUACUAAACUGAAUAGUGCAAUUUGUAAGUGAAAAAUCUGAAACUGAAUUCCCUGCUAUGUUGUAUAUUUGAAAUUUCAAAUAAAAAAGGCAUAAAAUCUG